AUGCCUCCCAAGCAGUUCAAUACCAAGGCCUCAAAAGUCCACAGUGACUCAACUUAUGAGGACUCGGAGCCUGAGCCACAGCCUCUCAGAAAGCCUCGCAUCACACUCAAGCGUGGCAAAAGUGCUCUCAACAUGAACGAGAUUGACGUCCCUAUCCACUCGCGCACUGUGACCAAGAAGCCCUCCCAAGACCAGAUCUACAAAGAUCUUUUGUCUCGUCCUGCUGCCAAUCAGCCUCUUCAAGACCAGAUAUCGCGUUCUGCUACUAGCCAGACGCCUCAAGACCGGAUCUAUAAAGAUCUUCUGUCACGCCCUGUUGUCAAGGAGCCUGCCCCCAAGAGACAGCGUGUCUCUUCAGCAUCUCCUUCACCGGCAGCUAUCGCUGCACCUGCUUCUUCAGCAACCAUCGCUAGCAAGAGCCACCAAGAUCUAUUCAACGACUACACAAAGGAUCUCUUGUCUCAGGAGAUCGAAAAGCAGGCCAAAGGCCUGGACUUCUCUAGCGACAGUGACCUUUCCGACAAAGCUCGUGUCUACGGUCGCUACCUCUUCACUGCACCGUACCAGUUCGAGCGCACCAAGACAACAUGGAUCAACCGAGCAAUGGAGAGAGUCGAUAAAAUGUCCAUGGCAGAACUCAGAAAUGGUGGCAUCGAAAGGGCAGUCAAGGAUGCUCUGAUCCAGACAAUUGGAGAUGAGACAAAGAACCAGGCUGUGCUGUUUGGUCAGAAUGCUAGAGACAUUAUCAGGAUGCUCAAGAAGGAAGAUGGAGAUAAGCAAUAA